AUGAAUGAAUAUAAUAUUCGUACUAAUGGUGCAAUAUAUGAUCAUCGUAAAUCAGCUACUCUUGAAGGUUUUGAUACAUUUGUCGAUGAAACUAGUGCAGCGGGUCUUCAAGCAGGGCAUAUGGAUAGUGACAAAAUGAUCUUUUCUAAUGAAAAUGCUGAACAACUAUACGCUUCUUAUGGUGAUGCAUUAACAUUAUCCAUAAAACAAAAUGGACGCGAUGCUCCAUGGUUGAGCAUUCGACUUGAUGCAAUACUUCCAGAAAGUAUUGCUCAAGAUAUUGAUGAAUUGUGCAAUAACCCAACGAUAUUCGAUGAUAUAACAUCAUUUGAUCCAAUACAAUCGCCAACUGUGAUUCCAAUUGAUUUUAUAUCAGAGCUAAAUACUUUGAUACAAUGUGAUCCUAUACAAGUGUCGAAUGAUUUAGAGUGUCAACAAAAAUUUCUUCCAUUUGGCAUUAUAAAAUCAGAAAAAAUUCAAAUAAAAUGUCAACCACGUUCGAAAUUUCGUCCUCGAACACAGAAUGAAAGUAAAACUUCUUCCCAUUAUUUACGAUGUGACGAAGGUGCUGAACUAGAUUACCCUGCUAUAUAUGUACCUCAGAUAUGGGCUUGCCAAUCAGAUAUAAAUAUUAUUGAAGUUGCUCUUGUCGAUAUUGAAAAACAACCACAUCUCUAUUCUAUUGAUAAUAAAACUAGUAAAUUCUUAUACGAUGAUCAAGCAUUAAUUUUCAAAGAUGGUCCAUUAAAUCAAUUGUAUUUUCGUUUAACGGAUCAAGAUUUUAACAAUGGUUAUAAAACUUUUAUGAUUGAACUCAUUAAAAGUAAACAAGAUGAUAUUAUUACUAAAGAGCUAAUUCGAUCACGAAAACUUUAUCAAUCAAUGCUUCGUUUUACACGCAUUUAUCGUGAUAAAUAUGGUAAUUUUCAACGAGAUGAUAUAAAUCAAAAAUAUUCUUCUAUAAUGACAGAGCAUUAUGGUGAUGUUUCUGUUGAACAUAUCAGUCCAAAAUAUGGUCCAAUUAAUAGUCAAUCAAUGAUAUUUAUUGUUCUUAAAGGUCGUUUUCUUAAAGAUGAUUUAUCUAUUAUGAUUUGUGAACAAACAACUCAAUGGUCUCAUGAAAUAAAAAAAAUUAUCUUAAAUGGCAAUGUUGUUUAUUUUAAUAUGCCACCUUUUCCAUAUCUAUGUGUAAAUAAUGUAAAGGCAAGUGUAAUUAUUUACUAUAAAAAUCAAAAAAUUCAUCAAUCGUCUUAUUUAUAUAUGAACUUUUCGAAUGAACUUUUUUUCAAUGAAUCGAUAUCAAAUAUUGACGUUUCCAUGCCAAAAAAGAAACUUAGUCAAGACAUGGCCAACAAUAUAUGUUGUAUGCCAUUAAUACCUCAAAAAAUCUCACAAAACAAGCCUAUAAAACGUUUAAAUAGUAAAUUAGCUUAA